AUGCAUCAUAACGAACAAUAUAUAGAAAAAAUAGACGUAGAUAAUUUUCAAAAACCGAAUGUUUACAAUAAAUUUUUACCAUUUUAUGAAACUAUCAAACAGCAAAGUGUAGAAUCAUUUAAAGAAAUUUGUGAAAAUCUUUCACGUAUUAUUCAAUUACGUGAAUUACGACCAGGUUUUCCACUUUGGUCAUCAAAAUUACAACAAUUUAUAUCACUUUAUGGUUUUUGUUUUAUUAAAAGUGAUCAUCUUAAAUUAAUUAAUUUAUAUCUAUCCGUCCUUACUAUUCCAAAUUUAAAUUAUUCAAAUGCAAAAACAUGCUUUGAUAUAAUUGAUGAACUUUUAAAUAAGUCUCGUUUGAUUACAAGAGAUGAUCUUAUUGUUAAUUGGCGAAUACUUUAUACAUGGGUAAAACUAAUUCUUUUUAAUAAUGAUGAAUCCUAUUCAUUGAUUGCUUUACCUAAUGAUAUUGAAAAAUCACUUUUAUAUUGUGUCCGCAGUUGUCGUCCAUAUUUUUCAAUAACAGCAACACAAGAAAUUCUUGAUGAAUUUCGUCCAUGGUUAUGUCCAUUUGAUUCAGCUUUUAGUGAUGCUAUGUGUUAUUUAGAUCUUUUCUUGCCAGUUCAUUUACCACCGAAUUUACAUGAUCAAGGAUUUAAGUUAUGGUUACCGGAAUUUUUAAGUAUUUGGGAAAGUGUUUGUAGUAAUCCUGAAUGGGAACAAAAUAUGAUCAAUAUAUUUUCUUUUGUUUCAUGGUGUAAUAUUGGUUAUAUCGAUUGGGAACCUUGGCUACCAAAAAUAUUUACACGUAUACUUAAAAAUUUUUCACUACCAGUUGCAAAUGUACAAGUAUCAUCACAAACACAAAAUUAUUCUAUAUCAAUUACGGCAACAUGGAUUAUUGCUAUGAUGGGCAAUGGAAGUUCAUGUUUACAAUAUUUAAUAGAUUUAUUUACUGCAAUUAAAAGUUUUUAUCAUCCAUCGAAUACGGGAGAUUUUCAACAAGAUCUUGUUAGUUUUCUUUCAAAAUUAGCCCAAGCAUUUGUUGAUCGAGUUCAUUUAGAACGUAAAUCUGAUCCUGUAUGGCAUUUUAAUCCACCACAAUCUUAUCGAAUAACAGAAAAUGAUAUUACAGAUUUUGUUGAUUGUAUUAAAGAAUGUGUCUUCAUUUCAGUUUUUAAUAAAGCUCAUCUUGAAGAAGCUGCUAAAGCAUGUCAAUAUUUAUCAAUGCUUCGGCCAGCAUUUAUUGUUCCACCAUUAGUUGAAUUGCUCUUUUCUUCGAUCAAUAGUAUGACUGAACCACAUCGUUUUACAUCUAUUGUUACUUGUCUAGCUGAUAUGGCUCGUCAGAUUGUACGGCAAACACCUGAGUUUUCACAAGGUCAAACAUAUGUUUUACCAUUAUUAAUGGCUGUUCU